AUGCCAGAGACCUCGGUUUCAGAAAGCGCUGGGGUGGCGCGGCCCAGCCGAUCGGGGUCCAGGGGGGGGCAGAAAACCCAGCCCGUCCCGUGCCCGGACAACACCCGUCCAUCCCCGAUUCCACAACUGAGCCCCCCUCUGACAAAACAAGGGGGGGGGGAGGCACCAAAGAACUGCCUCCAGCCUCCUCGACACUCCACGCAUCCCAUCAGCAUCUCUCCGCCCCCGGCUGCCCACUGCCCCAGGGCUGAGGGCAGGACCGGAACUGCCCCCCAGGCUGAGGGAUGGGCACUGACAUCAGUCCCCGCAACCCCGACCAAGAACAAAGAAACUGCAAUCCCGGCUGGGCCCACUUACCGUGCUGGAGCCGCGCCUCCACCGGCCCGCGGCGUCACGGUCGGAGGGGACUGGGCGCGGCGGGGGCGUCCGGACCAGUCUCCGAGCUCAGAGACCUGCCUCCUCAGCGGUGUCCCCGGACCGGCAUCCGACCCUUCCCACCCCCCGCCACCGGCGCUUUGGCCUCACAGCCCCGGCUUCAUCCCGCUGCCCGCGCGCCCACCCUCCUGCUGGGGCGCUGCGCCGGACCCUCUAGGCCAGGCCGACUGCGGGCUCUACCGCCGCUGCCGCCGCCGCUGCUGCGGAUGCAGAAGCAAACCCCUUGUUUUUGUUUUGAGUUUCCGACGCCCCCAAGGGGGCGGGGCACGUGACUCCCCGCGGAGGGAUCCGCCGCAGCCGCAGCAGACGGGAAAAAGAGUUCCGCCUCUAAGCAUCUGUCUCCAGUCAGCUUUGUGGCUUCGUCGACUCGCUAUUGCUUUGCUGAACCAAUCCUCCCUCUCGGUUCCAGGGCGGAAGACGGAAUCUGGGCACCGACUUUAUUCGUCGAUUGAUCCCAAAGAGGAAAGAGAAGGGGUGUUAGGAGCGAGGGGCGGAAGGAGAUAGGUUCUGGCCGCAUCGCACCUUUUAAAGGUCCCCGAUUUGUUUUGUUUUCGCUGUUUUGAAAAGUCCGCCCAAAGUAGCCAGUUCCCUGAUUGGAUACUGGUGGGCGAUCAGACUGCUGAAGCUCCAAUUCAAUCUCGAGUCUCGAUUGGCUAACUGAUUAGCCCUUGGGCUCUCUGAUUGGUUGUUACCGAAUCUUGCGCCUCUCUCUGCCUUGGGGGCCUUAGCAACUCUGAGGUCUGGAUUGCGCAUGCCUGAGUGGACCACUUCGGAGGAAUUACUGACCUACCCGCGGGUCUGCGCAUUCCUUCCAGCAUUUCCCUCAAGACCGUCGCCUGUCCCGUUCUCCAGAGAAUCUCACGUUCGGCUCUCACCUCCCCAUAGAGCUGAAACAGCUAACCUUUGUGAUAACGUCUUCCACCACAGGAGGAUUUUUCUCCGUUCCUUCUUUAUUUUGUUCUGCAGGUCCAUUUUGAAUCAAAUUAUUGUAAAAUUUUUCAUUAUUUACUAGUAAUAUUUACUAGUAAAAUGCCAGUAUUUACUAGUAAAAUGCUAUCAUCUUUGAUUUAAAGUUUUCCUACCAAAAGAAAAAAAAAAUGGAAAAGAUACGUAAAACAGGAUUGGCAAAAAGAGUUGUUGAAACUGGGGAAUGGAUACAAGAGGGUUUGUUAUACUAGUCUUUCUACUUAUGUGUACCUUGAAAUUUUCCUGUAAUAAAAAUAAAUAUUCAGUGAAGGGACUUAAAAAGUUACCCGUGCACAUUGAUGGUGGCAGGCAAUCGUCUAAUAAUAGCACACCUCCUGAGGUUGUACUGUUGUUUUAAUGAAGACUCAAGAGAGGCUUCUUGGUCCUUGGUCACCUGUAAAUUAUCAUUUAUUGUCCAUUAUAAUUAGACUUGUUAUUAAGAGGAGACACUUCUCUUAAGGUGGGGCAAAAAGCAAAGCAAAGACUGCCUUAGGCGGGAGAAUCUUUCACACGGAGCAUCUCUGAAAGAUGUUAAAAGGCUCCCCUCCAACAUUUAUAGUUACUUUCUUUACCUUCUCUUGCUUCCUCCCUGGCCGUCUGCUCAACAGGCAAAUCAGCAGCUUCUUGAAUGAGAAGCAAUUCUCUCCAGAAAGCUUUGAAAAUGGUGUUGAAUUUCCUGCUCUUCAGAGGCCCUGUUCAGUAUAGAAAAGACUGAUCCAGUUGUCUAAUAUGGAGCCCCUUGUCCAUUUUAGUCCACUUAUCUUUUUAAGAUAAAGGA